GGGAGCUGCGGAAUAGGCGUGUGUUACUCCAACCAAGAUUACGUUCAGCGCCAAAACGCCGUGAAGAGAAGCGAGCUCCACAGCAAAGGUCACCGGAUCACUUGCUUUUACAAAACAUGCGGAUAAACACAGACGCGUGCGUUUAGAUCGAGACCGACUCCUCAAACAGAAAAGAUACACAGAGUUGACUGAGAGCGAAUUAUUUAGCCCACCCUUUCUACCUGAAGACAUGGAGCACCAUUUCCUGAUGAGUCUGUGGUGAGACUGGUGCAGCCCUGUCACGCCCACAGCGCCCCCUUUCGGCCCGGACGGCCCACCACGCCCCGGCGCCUAUGAAAGGGUACCAUGUCAGCCGUAGCAUGUCCCAACAUUCCUCUGGUGGUGGCGGAGGAGGCCCCUGCCACUGCACCCCUGAGGACUGUGAUGGCCCGGGCAGAGACUACUACCAGGGUCACAGCGACGGCCACUAUUACCCUCCAGGAGGUCCGGCUGAGGCUCUGGCGCUGGAGAGGCACCAUUCCCACUCCCACUCCCACUCCCAUUCUGGCACGUUCCCUCGUUCCCACCCCAGCCAGCACCCAGCUCUCCAGUCGUUUGAUUCUUGCGAGGAGUGCCUGUCCUCAGGCCACGGAGGGAAGAUGCACCGUAUUCCCCCAAACCUGAUGGACCAGUUCGAGAAGCAGGUGCCCUUUCAUCCUGAUGGCUUCCACACGCUGCAGUACCAGCGCACUGCUAGCGGGGGUGCUGAGCAACGCAGCGAAAGCCCCUCUCGCAUCCGUCACCUAGUCAACUCUGUGCAGCGCCUCUUUGCCAAGUCCCAUUCCCUGGAGGCACCAUCCAAACGGGAAUACAACGGCACAAGAGGAGGUGGGGACUACCGUGGCGAAAGAGGAGGAGGCCACAGGAGCGGAGGGGAGGAAAGUGGAGGUCACUACUCAGGCCACCAGUCUCGGUCCACCAGGAGGAGCAAGUCUCGAGAGCGUAGCAAGAGCGGAGACUCGCGGCAUGAGUCAGGCAGACGCCACCGCAGCAGGACAGCAGGCUGGUGGAGCUCUGACGACAACCUGGACAGCGACAGCAGCUUCCUGGUGAGCGGGGGCAGACGGGGGUAUCCCAGCGGACACGAAAGUCUGGAUGCUGCCAUCCAGGAGCUCACCAUGAAGAAGCCCAAGGAGCGCAGCGGAGGGCCAGGGCCGGGGGAGUGUGUGGCCUGUACCACAAUGGCUCUCGCUGGGAGUGAAGGAGGGGGACACCACGGGCACCACGGCCACUCCCUGAAGAGGAGCACCUGGUCAGCCAUGACAGUGAGUCAGGCAAGGGAGGUGUACCCUUCCACCAGAGGGGGAGGAGGCUACAACAAAGCCCUUGUGCCCGUGGAGAGCAAGCUGAAGGAGAGGACCUUUCACUAUCUGCAGGUCCCUUCAGAAGACUGGGGAGGUGGAUACGGCAGUGGCGGCCCAGCCGACAGCGCAGGGGAGAUUCCUUGCCGUCGUAUGCGAAGCGGCAGCUACAUCAAGGCCAUGGGUGAUGACGACAGUGCCGACUCAGACACCAGCCCAAAAGCCUCACCCAAGUCCACCCUGAUCGCUCAGAGGGAUGCCUUUCGACGAUCUAUCAGCAUGGAUCAAAGGUACUCCUGUAAGCAGUGUACAGAUUCCUACCCCAAUACCCGAACCACACCCAAAGCCCACACCCGCUCUCGUAGUUACACCCGCUCUCUGACCAGCUCACAGCUGGGAGAUACGUUGAACCGUCAGUUUGAGGCGGUGUGCGAGACCAUGUUUGGGGAGGUGGAGUCUCAAGCCGUGGAGGCCCUGGAUCUUCCAGGUGUGUUCCGCACCCGUAGCCACAGCUACGUUCGCGCCAUCCAGGCCGGCUGCUCCCAGGACGACGACUGCCUCUCCGUCUUCUCCAUGUCAGGCCCCCAGGGAAGCAUCAAGGGCGGGGCCGUCUUUCCUUAUCGCAAAGGUGCUCCUCCCCCACUCCCACCUCGCAUGUCCAAGUCUUCACUCUCGGUGCGGGCUCAGAGCAGCACUGAGUCCACCCAGGAUGCCUACUUCCAGAGCAGUGGACAGUUGGCCUCAGGUUCAGGCCCCGGGCGCCCCAAGCAGCACAGCAACUCUGUGGAUCUGGGCAGCUCUGACGGGCCCUCGGGUCGCUCCUCCAGAGGAGGCUACUACACCGCCACAGGCCCUGGACGUUCCAGGCAGCACAGUAACUCAGCAGAGAGCCUAGAUGGGGUCAGGGGUUCGCGGGAGCUUGUGCCCUAUGGAGGGGGCCCGGGGGUCGGGGUGAGAGCCAAACACAGCAGCUCAGCUGACAGUCUGUUGGAGGGGCCACCGAGGCCGGCCAGGGAGAGGGACGGCAGGGUUGGGGGCAGCCUGGGGAAAUCAGUCUCUCUGCCUCAGAACAGCAUAGUGCUGAGUAAAGUUGGAGGGCAGGAUGAAGGACGAGCUGGGAGGAAGUGGAGUCCAUCCAUAGCUGUUCAGGUGGACAGCUCAGAGACUCUGUCAGAUUCAGACGGAGAGGGCAAAGCUCUUACAGAGGUCCACUCUAUAGGAGUCCAAGUGGAAGAUGAUAAAAGGCGGGCUCGUUUCAAGCGCUCCAACAGUGUGACAGCGAGCGUGCAGGCCGACCUGGACCCCGAGGGCUUCCCAGGACUCAGCAUUGCCGUGCCAACACAGGACAAGAGCCUUCAGUUCGGCUGUUCAUUCCAAAGGCACUCGUCAGAGCCUGAGUCCGCGAGCCAGUACACAGAGUGUCACCGCACCGUCCACACGCAGGGACAGUGGGCCUACAGAGAGGACUUUAUCCAGAGUGGGUACACCACUGAGGCCUGCCCAGCAGACCCACGGCCCCACCAGCACCCGCACUUGCCGCCACGUUCCCACUCCCCUCUGCCCAUCACCUCUGAGCGAGCCUGGGCGGGGACGCCGUCCCUGGAGGGCCCCCGAAGCCUGCCCGACUCGGGCCGAGCCUCGCCCUGCAUGAGAGAUGGAGAGUUCUUCUUACGCCUCCUACAGACGGAGGUGGAGAGGAUGGAGGGCUGGUGCCAGAACAUGGAGAGGGAGGCUGAGGAGAACGAACUGCCAGAGGAGAUUCUUGAGCUGAUUCGAAAUGCAGUUGGCAGCGCCCAGAUGCUCAUGUCUCAGAAAGUCCAGCAAUUCUUCCGCCUCUGCCAACAAAGUGUGGACCCAUCAGCCUACCCCCAGCCCACCUCUCAGGACCUGGCAGGCUUCUGGGACCUGCUCCAGCUCAACAUAGAGGACGUCAGGGUCAAGUUUCAGGACCUCCAGAGGCUCAAGGACUCUGGUUGGAGGCUCCCACCUGAAAAGAAGGAGGACAAGAAGCUUCCUCCUCCCUUACCAAAGAAGCCAGCAGGCGGGGUGAGCGGCAGCCUCCGGGCCGAUAGCAUUGGGGAUGUGGGCGCCGGAGGUGGAGGAGUGGUUUCGGGGGGCCUGGUGGUGCCUCGCGUGGGUGGACACACCCUACCCAUCAGGGAGAAGUCCCUGGACCUCGGGGACCGUCAGAGGACAGAAGCGAGGAGGAGGCUGCUGCAGACCAAGAGAACCGCCUCCUUCAGGCAGAACUCGGCCACAGAGAGCGCCGACAGCAUCGAGAUCUACAUCCCCGAAGCCCAGACUCGACUCUGAACGCAAGACUGUGGUGUCUCCCUCUCCACCUCCUCACUCAACCUCACCCCAGCAGAAGCGGACCUGCGCCUAGUUUGGGAUCUCCUGCAGGUCAUUGCUGUUAAUCUGCUACCCUUCCCUCGGCAUUCCCAUUAGUUCACUUACCACAACUGCAAAUUCUGACAUCUUGCUCAUUAAACAAGCAAUGACAGCCAUUUUAGUGUCUUGAAAUUUGGACGUUUUACUGACACAGAGGCCUAGACAUGAAACAGUAGUUAGCAUUAGUCCAUUUUUAUAACACUAGUCAGCAGAGGUUCACGCAGUAGUAGCAUGCCUGUGCGUGUUCACCUAGCACUUCGAAAUAAAGGGCUUAACAGGCACAAAACCUCUGACAGAAUCUCCCUGUAUGGAUCCCUGACGCCAUUUGCAGCAGAAUCCGUAUUAUGUUCUGUGGGGUUCCUGCAUCACAACAAGACGCAUCCAUAUUCUUCCCCGAUGCUACCAGUAUGGAUGAAUAAACAUGGAUGAAUUUCCCCUCAUCAGUUUAAACGCCCUUAAAGUCAGAUGGUUGGCGAUCCCCAAAGAACAUCCUUCAAGCGUAUUCAGCCAACUACAGCUGGCACCUUUCACCCAGGUGCCAUCUGUCCACCCAGGCACUCGGUCAAAGAAUAUGAAAUCAUUUUGUGUUCCUCUCCUUCCACUCCUUCACGUCCCGCACAUCCAGCGACUACCCUCACCAUUCAGCAGUGAGGCUGUUUGAAUGUGCAAGUGCUAUUUGUACAUAGUGUGCACACUCAUGUUUGCCAAAAGGAGCUUUUGCAGUAUAGCAUCACAGCCUUGACAGCUAGAGAGCAUCACAGACAAAAAAAAAGAAAAAGAAAAAUAGAUCUGUUUGCUUUUUAUGUAGUCUUUCUGAAGUUUCAAGUGUUCAGGGGGUGGGGUCGCUGGGAAUAUUUAGGGGGAAUAUAUUUUGGUGGCUUUUCAGGACCUCACUGACAAGGCCCCCAUUUCACUGUGAGACUAUAGCACCACCAAGUGGUCAAAUGUGGACCCAAACCAACAACAGUGGUCUGUAGAGAGUUCUUUCCACCUCAGUCAGAAAUUAACAGACACUCUGAUGAAACAGCCAUGAAAGAAGAUCAGUUUCUUUACUAUUACUUUCUUUCAGUUCUUUCCCUUGACACACAGUGUGUUUUCCUCUUUUCUUCUAACGAAUAUUGUUUGAGUGGACUUUCCCAUGGUGUUUUUGCAUAAUUAAGAAGGCAAUGGAUCACAAACAGAGAGAGAGAGAGACCCGCCAAAGUCUUCAGUAGAAUCCACUCGCCUAACUUGAAGUACAAAUCUCUCAUACACACUGCUGACGAAAGACAGAGUGAGUUAGGACAGAAAACAAAAGGAGUUGUUGUAUGUAGCUCCCUCCAAACCCCUUUCCAAAGAAUUACCACAGAGAGGACACACAGUUGUGACAUUAUAGAAAAGAAGCAACUAGAUAGUGAAUUGCUGAGCUUAAAGUAAGACGUGCUAUGAUUGGAGUUACACUGUUUGUUUGUUGCACUACGUGUUCCUCUUUAUUUCCUUCCUGAAGUCGUACUUUCCGGUGUUUCCACUGAACAAAGUGUAGCAUGAGUUUCAAAGCUUUGGAGGGGGGUUUCAUCGACGAAUUUAUGUCAGAACACAUAUUUCUUAUUGAAGUAUUUUUUUUGUGCAGGUGUCGAGUGUGAGUUUGUGUGUAGUGUGAGUGUGAAGGGCUGUGUGUCGGAAGGGACAUGUGAUGAAGCCCAUUUAAUACUUAAAAGUCCAAAUCAGCCAUUUUAAAGACAAAAAAACCCCUUACACAGGAAAUAUAAGAAUCUUUUCGCAUGACCUGUUUAUUUCUUUUUUUUUUAAACUUGGAUGGAAUGUGUUGGCAAAAUGGGAUAUUUUAAAGGGAGAUGUAUAUUUUAUAAUAUAAUCUACAUUUCUAGAUUAGUAGAGACUAUUGAGUACAGUAUAUGUACAAAAAAAGCAUAUAUCAAAUGUGAACUACUACAGUAUUAUUAUGAUAGAUUAUAGCAUUGUGUGAUACUUCAGCUGUGUGGCAUAUCCAGACUCAGUACAAGUGAAAAAGAAUUUCAACUGAUUAUUAUUAUUAUUAUCCUCAGUUUGUGAGUGCUGGGUCAGGUUCACAGGGUAUAACUGGCAAGAGCGCUAAUUGCCAAGUACGAUCCUCCUUAGGCCUACUGUAUAUCUAUCUGUGGUUCUAACAACAUAUACUGCUGUAUCUGCUCCCUGUACUUCCUCUUUAGAACCAACUACAUGUGCCUAACCAGCUAUAUGUGGAGGUUUCCUUUGAACACAGUUUACAGUAUAUAUAUAUAUAUAAAUAUAUAGAUAUAUAGAAAGAGAGCGAGAGAGAGAGAAAGAUAUGUAAAUAGAAAAGUAUAAAAUCUGCGGAGACUAUUGUAAAAGAAAAUGUUUUUAUCGUACUGACAUGCCAUCCUUUGUCUCCCUCACUUUCACUUGCAAUACACACAUAAGACUCACAUAAUUUUGUUAAUACUGCAUGUUUUAUGACAAAUUUAGCAGAAUCUCGUUUUUGACUGAUGAAAGGAAAUCAAAUUUUGUAGCUUCUAAACCUUUUUUGUGAUUGAAACAAAAAAAAAUUGACAAGAUUUUACAAUGCAGUUGUUUCAAUGAGUCACUUCUUUGUACGAAGAUUAUAUCCUCGGAGGACAGUGAUACUGGAAACCUUGAAACAAUCAGAAGCAAUCCGUGUUUCGAUUUGAAUCUCAACAGAUCCAUUUAAAAACCUCCAUGUAAAACAAGCUGCCCUGGAAAUAAAAGAAAAAAAAGGGCUGAAGAAUCAGACAUCAUGUGUAACUCGUCUGCAGCAGUGUGGGUUGCAGAGCGUCCUUUUAUCCACUCAUCCCCUCUCCUCCCCUCCUCUACCCUCAAACUUAACAUCUCAGUGGUGUAUGACACAGCCCUCAUCGAACAAAGCACAAAAGACCUGCUUUUAUACUGUUACUCCACUGUGAAGGACUCUUGACUCCACCCUCAAACUCCUCAAACCUACACGCAGAGGGAUGGCAAGGUCUUUCCGUUUCGGCCUCGAGGGACACCAGGAAUCAAGAAGGCUUUGUUGGAUAUUUAUCCACGGUAGCAACUACUACUUCUUCAAUUCUCGCUGACUUUCUCCUCUAUACUUUUGAUCACAAGUUGAGGUGUUAGCCGGCCACCUUGCCUUGAAACAGGUCCAUUGCAAACACACUUUUUGGUGGUUGUGAUUUCCACACUUUUUGUUCAGUAUUUUACCUAUCCAUUUGUCCUGCGAUAUAUCUGCACAGUAUAAAUACAGGAGCCUCAGCUAAAUCUAGCACCUGGGUGUAUAGUUGUACAAACAUGAUCCGAGCACUCACCAACACACAAGACGACUAUAUAUGAACCCUUUCACCUCCUUCUAGAAGUGCAAAAACCCCACAUGGACAGCCAGACGGACAAGUCAACUCCGAGUACCUCAGUUUCUAGCAGCAGUGUCUCCAACCCCCGACCCAGGCCUCUGUCCUCAGGGGAUUCUCUAGCACCACACAACCGACAGACCCUGAAAACACAGGACCAGAGCAGUCCCGCAGGAAUGUUGUCCAUAUUCUCUGAAUGAAGGGGGGGGGGGGAAUGCACUUGCUGUUUGAGUCCAGUUUCUCUAGUAGCCAUUUUCCCGAGACUGGAGAGCAGCAGAGUCAAAAGCAGUGAAGGAGGUGGUGGCUGAGGCAAGAGCUCAACUGUAGCCAAUGUGUGUGUGCUGUAUAUUGUGCAUCUGCAACAAAGUGGAGCGGGGAGGGAUGUUGUAGCAGCAGAUUUGAGUUUUAGUUUGACAUUUCUCAGAGGCAGAGCUGCUCUGGAAUAAAAAGUAAAGUCACUUUUUUCCAGCUAAGUAACUGGAGCCGUGAGCUGCGGCUGUUCCUUCUUGUUCCGUUACUCUCUGCAGUAUUUAAAACGUAAUACUGUCAAAAAAUUGGCAAUGUUGGGUUAGCAUUUGCAGUAACUAGCAUAAACAGCUUUAAACAGUAAGUUUCUACCCACAUAUUUUUAUGUGCAUCUUUAAUUUCCGUAUAAGAAAGCAAAAUGUGAAUCGUGGAAAUCUGAAGUCGUGACCGAGGUGUAAAAGUCAGUGUAUUGAUCAAAAUAAACUCGACAAAGUUCAGUGGAAACAGACUAAGACAAUAAAUUAUGAUGUAUAUGAAGCAUGUGACUCAUUUAGCAGCAGGAAAUACUAAAAUAUUUUCAGAAAAUAUGUUAUUUGUGAAAAAAUUCAACAAAAAUACUGUAGCAGACAGUAGAGCUCCAAAAUUAACAUUAACAUUUAAUUAUGUUUUCUUUCUUUUUCAGUGGUUUAAAUGGCACAGAACUAUUGAACUGUUUAUCUGCUCAACUAUGGCAAAUAAGAAGGGGAUGGAAAUGCUUCUUAAUGUUUGCAUUUACUUUUGCUGGUUUUCUGGAGAUUUGGUUAAAAUUUGUGCCACAUUUGGAUGAAAACUUAACUACUAACUAUAGUUAACUAUCAAUUAAAUAAAAUAACGCUGCAUUACGUAUGUACAUGCACAAUUUCCUGCGAGACCCUUGUGCGUAGGAAAGAAUUAGAAUUCGACACGUCAAUGGCAGACACUAAUAAGGAAAACCUUACACAGAGAUGUGAUAACAGGAUGUAAAUACUGUCACUGAAUAAAUGGCAACCUUUAGUAAUGUCAGGUCUGAUUUCAUGAAAAGCCUAAGCAUUAUAACUCCAAUACUUGUUUGUACUUUAACCAAACUUCUUACACAUUUUUGAUUCUCCGCUCUCAGCUUUUACUUCCCCUCUGCCUCCAGAGCAGCUCGCACCCAAGAAGAUGUUGAACUCAAACUCCAAUGUGCCUUUAGCACUGAAGUGUAAUUGAGUUUGUACGUGUAUGUGUGCGUGUGCGUGUAUUAACACUGCAAUGUUGCUCUACAGUACACACACAGGUAACCAUGUGGGUCAGAGACAACUGAGCAAUUACUGUGUAAUUAACAAAAAAAUAAUACCCUGCCACCCUCAUGUUUACAAAACUGUAAAUACAUGUUGCCAAUGGACAUUGUUCUUCUCAAUAUUACAUAUAUUGUUAUUACAAUAUGAUUAUUAUUAGUAUGAUUAUUGUCAUUAAAGGAUUAAUUAUUGCCAUCACUCUCAUUAUUAUAAAUGGUGUUGUCAAUUAUAGCUAUGGGUAAACAUUGUUCUGUAUUCAAGGGGGAGUCUUGUGUACAAUAACAAAAAAAAAAUAGUUUAAUCUACGAUGACAAGUCUUAAAUCGCUGCUACUAAGGAGAUGGAGUAGAAGAAAAGCAAACUGACAAUAACUCUGGGAAGACAUUUUUCUCUGGGAUCAAUGAUGGACACUCCUCUGUGGAGUGAGAGAUCACCAAAAGAGGAAAGUAAGCGUUGAACUGAUGGACUGAAAGGAAGAUCCACACCUUCUUUCCCCAUGUUCUUUUAUUUCACUCUGAACUCUUACUUCUGCCAGAAGAGGAAAACAACAUGGACAUCAAACUGACACAGACUCUCCACUCUCUGUAUUCUACUCUAUACAGUAAUGUAGCAAAAACUAAAUAGCCCCUCAGUCUAUACUCUCUCUCCACCUGUCCUCCUCUCUCAUCUCUUUCAUGUAUUCCUCACCGAACACCAUUAUUUUUAAUCAGACGGGUUUGAUACAGCGAGCUUUUCUGUCUUUAAGCUCAGCUUUAUCCUUGAGUUCUCUUGUUUUAUACGCAUUUGAUUCAGUGCCAAGACAGCAUAUUGUACAUAGAAACAUUUAAUGCUUUUGUUUUUCCUCCUAUAAAAAGGAACUGACUGGAGCAUAUAGCAAUAGCGAUGCCAUAAGAUAUGAACUUUGUUUCAUAAUGCCACCGGUGGAUGACACGAGAUGCAUGAGAACACCACGGUGACCAGGAGACGCAGUCUGAUUACGUGAGUACGGCGGAGGGUGUUGCACAGUGAAGUGUAUAUCAUGAUUCUGUUCGUUGUGUUGUGGUUCUCAUUUUGUACAUACAAAUUUAUUUAUUGAUCUUGUAUGUUUGAUGGAUCUAGAUGUGUCUAAGGAGCACGUCUGAUAGCGCUGAAGCCCAGAGAGAUGGCACACUGUGACGUGGUUUACCCCAACACAGAAUGUAACACUGUCAACGUUGUCAAAACAUUUUCUAAUGGCUAAUAUUAUUACUAUUAAUAUGAUUAUUAUAAAGCUAUUUUAGCGAGUUAAAUGAGGAGG